CGCUCAAAGAAGCGGAAGAGCAGGCCCGACCCGCAGGCGCCGGUGCGCAAGUCGCCACGGCGUGAUCCGGUCGUCAGCCGCUUGGGUUCACCGACCCGCCACGUGCCCGUCACGUUCACUGAGAAGGGCAGGUGCAGGUGGUGCCGCAAGCUGAUCUACUCCGGGUGCGGCCACCCUGGCUGCGGCCACAUGCACGAAGGCACGUGCUGGAUGAAGGCCCACUCGAACGACCCGAAGAUCCGUGCGAAGCUGAAGGCGCUGUCCUUCCAGCCAGAGAUCGCCGAUGGCACACAGGUGUGCAUCCGCAAGGUGAAGCGGACGCGCAAGCCCAAGCGGAAGUUGCGCUACAACGAGGAGGAGGGCGGCGCCGGGGCCGACGCCGACGCCGAGGAGGAGGACGACGACGGUGAUGGCGACGAUGACGCUCCGGCUCCGCCCGCCAAGCGCCGCAGCACCCGCGCGCAGCAGCAGCGCCAGGGCGCGCGGUGAGACCUCUCGCCGACGCUUGAACCGGCUUUGCUGCACUCUGCGACGCUGCGGUACGUGUGUACCUGUCUAGUAGUGACCGGUGGAGUGAGCGGCGGGCGUGAUGUCACCGGUUGAGUGCCAGUGUGCGUGCAGAAUCGGCGAUCGCUGCCCCCGUCUGGCCUGUCCUGGCGGCGACGGACGUGUUUGAGGGAGAUUUCGAGGUGACGUCUUUGCCGUCCCUAGCCUCCAAGUGUCACUAAGUAAUGUGCAACACCCUCCCUACGCAUGCUGGGGUGCUGGGCGGGCGAAUAGACGCGC